AUGGUGGGCCGACGAGGAAAACGAGGCGCGGCUUCGGCCACCACUGCCAGCCCUGCGACGCGAUCUGCACGCAAUCCCCCAACAACUCAUGCUCCCCGUGCACGGGGCCGCGGCCGCGGAAGAGGUCGCUGGGCAAAUUACUGGGCCAACCGUCCAGGCCGUCCAUCCACCACUGCCCGUACGGAGGACCAAGAGGAGUCGCCCAUCCCACCCAAGCGCUCCCACAUUCUCAAAUUCAAAUUGCCCUCACUCCGGAAGUUGGGUCUCUUCUCUUCCGACAAUGCAUCCUCCACCGACCAGGCCGAUGCAUUCUCCACCGCGCCAGCUUCCACCUCCGCUGGCUCUCAAAACCCAGAGACCCCUCGUGGCCGGCGUUCCAAGCGCGCCAUGGCCGUCCCUGAAUCAUCCCGCACCACCCGCCAGUCUGCUCGUCUGAAGCCCUCGGAGGAACUGGCUACUGAAGAGGCUACUCCCAGCAAGUUGGCUGAGGAUGUCGACUCCGAAGCUGAAGCUGAAGCUGACGCCGAUGUCAUUGCCGAUGCUGAUGCCGACGCAACGGAAGAUGAGGAAGACAGCUCCUCACAGGAAGAGGCAGACCAAGAAGACCUGGCCUACACUCCCAAACUUCGCCUCCGACUCAGCCCACCCAAGCCUCCAGCCCUCAAGCUUCACUUCACCUCGGCCAACAAAGCCACGGACCCAGAUCACCCCGAGGCUUCCACCGAGGACCAGGCCAUGCCUGAAGCAACAGAGUCACGACAGAAAGACUCUCAGGGCGCAGAUGACGAGCCGUACUCAGCCCAACUCACCGAACCACCCCCAAACCUCCUACUCCCCCCGCCUCUCACGCAAGCGCAAGUCCACUGA